AUGACUCGCAACGAAGAGACUCAGCUGACUGGCGGCGAGUAUAUCUGCGAGGAGCUCGCCCGCCGUGGGGUUGAACACGCAUUUGGUAUCACCGGCGGCGCCAUCAUCCCCGUCUUCGACCCCCUACACUCCCAUCCGCCCUUCACCUUUAUCCUGGCCCACCACGAGCAAGCCGCCGGUCACAUGGCCGAGGGGUACGCCCGCGCCUCGGGAAAACCAGGCGUAGUGAUGGUGACCUCCGGGCCGGGGACCUCCAACCUGGCCACCCCGCUGCUGGACGCGCUUCUCGACGGGGUGCCCCUCAUUGCCAUCUGCGGGCAGGUCGCCACGAGCGUCCAGGGCACGGACGCGUUUCAAGAGAUUGACAGCCUCGCACUGGCAAAUGCGUGCACGAAAUGGUGCGGGAUGCCGCGUAGUGCCCACGAGCUACCUGAGUAUAUUGCCCGAGCUUUCGAGGAAGCCACCGGUGGACGGCCGGGGCCGGUCUUGCUGGCUAUUCCCCAGGAUGUGGCCAAAGCGCAAUUCAAUCCUAGGGAGGUGCAGCCGAACGACAGCACUGACAAUCGGCGUUCUUUCCCGUUUCCUAAACAGCCAGAGGAGGGGACUCUAGACAAAGUCGCAAACUUGAUCAACAAGGCUAGCAAACCAGUCAUCAUCGCAGGUCACGGACUCCUAACCUCCCACCGGGGCCCGGAGCUACUCAGACAACUGAUAGAGAAAACUCCCAUUCCCGUUACAACCACCUUCCUAGGUCUCGGCGCCUUUGACGAACUCCACCACGUGGCACUAGGCAUGCUGGGCACGUACGGCACCGUACCCGCCAAUCUAGCGGUGCAGAAUGCCGACCUCAUCCUUGCCCUGGGGGCACGACUCGACGAGCGGGCCGUCGGAAAUGCCGACGGGUUUGCGCCUGCUGCGCGGGACGCCGCGACCAGAGGAACAGGCGGGAUCGUGCAUUUCGAUAUCUGUCCCGAGCAGAUCGGGAAGGUUGUGGGUCCAACUGUCUCGGUGGUGGGGGACUUGGGGACGACGUUACCUUCACUCCUGGAGAAGAUCACGCCGGCGGAAGCAGAGGUGAGAGGUAAGUGGUUCACCACAGUGGAGAGAUGGAAGCAGCGUUUUCCGCUGGACUUUCAGCCUCUCACGCCCGGGGCAAAUCCGAAGCUGCUGCCACAGGAGGUGAUUGCGCAGUUGGAGGCAUGCACCCGCCACCGCAAGGAGGAGAUGCUGCUCACGACCGGGGUCGGGCAGCAUCAGAUGUGGACGGCGCGGUACUUUCGUUCCCGCGUGCCCAACGCGGUGAUCGGUUCGGGGGGUCUGGGGACGAUGGGCUUUGGGUUGCCGGCCGCCGUUGGGGUGAAGCUGGCGCGGCCGGAGUGCACGGUGGUCGACGUGGACGGGGAUGCGUCGUUUUGUAUGACUCUGCAGGGCAUUCUGACGGCCGUGCAGCAUGGGGCGGAGGUGAAGGUGUUGCUGCUCCGGAAUGAGGAGCAGGGGAUGGUGCAGGAGGUGCAGCGGGGGAUGUUUGGCCGGGUCACGCAGGUCGACCAGCGCAAUCCGGAUUUCGUGCGGUUGGUAGAGAGUAUGGGGGCGAGCGCGAGACGCUGUGAGGGCCGUCAGGAGUUGUGGGAUGGGAUGGACUGGUUGCUGAGGGAGAAGGGCGUGGCGUUGCUGGAGGUCGUAGUGCAGGGGAGGAUGCCCAUGGUACCCAAGGUGGCAGGCGGGAAGGCGUUGGAUGGGAUUUUAGAUGGGUUGAAGAAGAAGGCGGAUGGGAACUAG